UCAUAAAGCUCCCCUUAAAGCGACCUGAACGACGGCAGCAGCUUGUCUUCGAGCAGAGACCACGCAGCUGCAUAGGCGACGGUAACAGCAUCUAUUGCUGUUAUUCAGCCUUUAGAUCUCAAUGAACUGCUUGCUGGAAAAGCACUGAUCGUGCCUGCAGCUUCUGCAAGGCGGAGGCACUGAUCAGUGACCUUUACAUUUAUUUUCAUAGAUUUUUGUUAAUAUCAGUUUGUAAUAGUUUCUUAUUACCAUGGUGCUAGGAAAGGUGAAGAGCUUCACAGUAAGCUACGAUUGUCUCAAUGACAGUAAUGUCCCCGUUUUCUCAAGUGGGGAUUCAAUCUCAGGGAGGGUGAUCAUUGAAGUGACCGGUGAAAUCCGAGUGAAAUCGCUCAAAAUACGCGCAAAGGGAUGUGCAAAAGUCCGUUGGACAGAAUCUCGAAAUGCCGGAUCCAACACCGCUUAUACUCAGAAUUAUUCUGAAGAAGUGGAAUACUUAAACUACAAAGAUAUCUUAAUUGGGCAUGAACGAGAUGAUGAUAACUCAGAAGAAAGUCUGAUCACUAUCCAUUCAGGAAGACAUGAGUAUGCAUUCAGUUUUGAGCUUCCACAAAUACCUCUGGCUACCUCCUUUGAAGGCAAACAUGGCAGUGUGCGAUACUGGGUUAAAGCUGAGCUUCAUAGACCAUGGCUGCUGCCUAUGAAAGUGAAGAAGGAGUUCACAGUCUUUGAACACAUUGACAUCAACACUCCUUUAUUGCUGUCACCCCAGGCAAGCACAAAAGAAAAGACUUUAUGUUGCUGGUUUUGCACCUCAGGCCCUAUUUCCUUAAGUGCCAAAAUUGACAGAAAGGGUUACACCCCAGGAGAAUCUAUCCAGAUCUUUGCUGAAAUUGAAAACUGCUCCUCUCGUAUGGUUGUGCCAAAAGCAGCGAUUUACCAAACACAGACCUUCUAUGCCAAAGGGAAGAUGAAGGAAGUCAAGCAGUUGGUCGCCAACCUUCGAGGAGAGUCGUUGUCUUCAGGAAAGACGGAAACCUGGAACGGCAAGAUGCUGAAAAUUCCCCCAGUUUCCCCCUCUAUCCUGGACUGCACCAUCAUCAGAGUGGAGUAUUCAGUGAUGAUGUAUGUGGACAUCCCAGGAGCCAUAAACUUGUCCCUCAACCUACCCCUGGUCAUUGGGACUAUCCCCUUACAUCCCUUUGGCAGCCGGACCUCCAGCGUCAGCAGUCAGUGCAGCAUGGCCAUGACCUGGCUUGGCAUGGCACUUCCCGAAAGGCCCGAAGCACCUCCAAGCUACACAGACAUUGUGACCGAGGAGCAGAGACGGACCAGCCUGGAGGUGCCCGUGUCUAGGGAUGAACUUGAUGGACCAUUGUUUGCUUAUGUCCAGGAGUUCCGCUUCCAGCCCCCUCCACUCUACUCUGAGAUCGACCCAAAUCCAGAUCAAGUUCGUGGAGUCGAGGAAGGGAGGCCCAACAGCUGUCCAUCACGGUGAAGAAAACCUAGACGAUGCCCAGAAUUUGAGUUUUCCCACAUCUGGCAUCCUUCUCCUUUCGUCAAUAUCAAGAGAAAGGAAACCGAUAGAAAUGUUAUGAAGCUGUACAAGCUCCUCCAGGAAUGACAUGUAAGAAUUACCUGGUGAAUAACAUUCUGUCCACUAGAAUGGACAGAGAGAAGAUUAACCUAGCAGAAUUCAUGUAGCUGCCCACAACUGAAGAAGCCGUUUUUUUUUUGUUUUUUUUUGUCUGGGAUUGGUGAUUGCCUGCCCUGUAGUCAUGACACAUGUUAGAAAGCAAGCAGGAGAAAACUAUCAGUAUCCUGAAGCACUCAUUUCAAGAAGAGAGAUGUGAAGCCAGGCCUCAUCCUGCCUCAUAUGGAAGUUUGCACAUUUUAUUGUUUGCUUGUGUUGUGUGGUUCUGUUAAAAUCACUAAUGACUUGCAUAUGUUGCGCUAGGAGACUGCAGACUGUACUAAAAUUUCCUCGUCUGCACAUCUAUUAGUAAUGCAGAAACAGAAAAAAAAACAAAAAAUGCACUGACUAAGUGAAAACUUAAUUUCUAUAAGUUGUUUUUUUUUGUGAAGUCACUCAAUUUGCAUGAGUCCACAUAGCACACGUACAUUUUUCUCAGGCUCUUUACCUGUUGCUUCAUUGACUCAGAUUUAAGUAUUUGCUUUCUUGUUGCAAAUUACCUUCAAUCCAGAUUUUGUUUUCUUUGCAUUUUUAUUGUAUAGACUUUAUUGUAGAAGAGCAAGAGAUAAGGCACAAGAUUUGUGUAUGUGUGCACGUACAUGUGUAUGUGCAUGCAGAUGUGUAUUAUUCUGUGUUGGUUAACAAACUUAGAUAGACAUGGGUAGGACUGGCACCUGGUAGACAAGGCCACACAAUGUAGAGCAUUUGUUGCCUGUCGACUUGUGUUAAAGAGUAAUGCUCUGUUCCGUACUGCCUAAAACAGCACUCAAUCUCAGGUGAUGCCACUUGCCAAACGGUUCGUAAGACACUCUUGUUUCAGUUGCACUGUGUGAUUUGAAGGAAGGAAAAAUAAACAAGAUGGAAUACGUGCAGUUUUAAGGCAGCUUUUACAGGCUGACGACAUUCCCUUUUUGUCCUGCUGCACUUGCAGAAUCCAGACAUCAACCCAAGCCAAUGAAACCAAGAAAUAACUUUAAGGAAUAGGUUAAAGCAUGAAACAAGACAGUAGUGUGAAAGGCCACGGAGGCCAUACUGAUACAGCAGGAGAGAAAUUGCAUGUUGCGAAACCACAUUUUAAACUGGUCAAGUAGUCGUAGGUUUAAAUGAGUGCUACAUUUGUUUUCAAACUCAUAUAAUGACAACCAGUUUGAGAUUGGUUUUGGAGAGCCUUAAUUGUAAAGCACUUUAAAGUAAAAGUUAUUAAUGGUGAAGGCUUGAACAAGGUUUGGUAAUCACAAAACUUUUCACAAUGGAAAGUCCUCUGUCAGUGCAGUUCUAAAAUGAAACACAUCAGUUAAAAGUUUAACUAACCAUUUAAAUCAUUAUACGUAUAUACCUGAGACCAGCAAGCUUCUGACAAUAUAUGGCCUUGACAUUUCUGGUAUAAUUAUUCAAAAAUGCAUACUUAAGAUCAUUUACAGCUCAGCUUUUCUUUGUGCUGCUGCUUCUACAAAUCUUGUAAAAUUGUGACAAAAAGGGAAAAAUAGUCCUACAAAGAAAGUUUUAAAGAUGAUUCCUGGGAGAGUAUUUGAGUUUUCCUUGGUAUUGUUUUUCUUUAAUUUGUUCAAUUAUGUCUACAUAAUAGGGAUUUAGGGAUUUGGUGUUUAUUUCCAGUGAAACACCUUUUAUGUUUGUCUAUUUUAGAUCUUGGGAACAACAUUAGCUGUACUUAUUCAGAUUUCAUCUCCACAGGAAUUAAAAUCUGUUGCAAAUAACUGCCAUAUUGAGACAGAAUUGUGUUUUCCGUGUUUAUGUUAGUGACUUUAGGUUUUAGGUCGGAAAGGCUGCGAAAGUAUAUCAGACACAUUUUCCGUUUCACAUCUGCCAGUUCCAUAGUCCUUAGGCUUCCACUGCAGUCAGUUAUUAUAGCUAGGCAUCUGAUUUCCUUUGGGAGCCAUAAUGUUUGGAUGCUGGAGAGUGGGAUCUUAAAAAAUGUAGAAAUAAGUGCAAUAUAUAUUUUUUUACCUUUUUAGUUUGUUGAUGUUAAUUGACAGUAGAUUCUGUUUGGAUGCAUUAUUGUUCUGAAUGAUUUUAACUGUUUUUCUGUCUGAAAUAAAGUUAAAAUGUUGAAAAUAUA